AUGGAAUUUACAUUAACGUUCUUACUUACAAACAAUAGAAAACAAAACAAGAUUUUUGAAAUGAUGGACGCCAAAGCAAGACAGGACUGCAUAAAAGAGAUAGAUUUACUAAAACAAUUGAAUCAUCCUAAUGUCAUCAAGUACUACGCUUCGUUUAUUAAUGACAAUGAGCUGAAUAUUGUACUGGAGCUAGCAGAUGCUGGAGAUUUAUCCCGUAUGAUCAAAGUAAGAUAUAAAACAAUGUCAAUAAAAAUGUCUAUAAAUAUUUUCAGGAAAUACUUUGUUCAGCUAACAGCAGCUCUUGAACACAUGCAUUCAAGACGAGUUAUGCAUAGAGAUAUCAAGCCAGCUAAUGUGUUCAUCACUGCUUCUGGUGUYGUCAAGCUUGGUGAUUUAGGUCUUGGKAGRUUCUUUAGUUCAAAGACAACGGCUGCUCAUUCCCUGGGUAAGAAAGUACAUUUAGUCUUAAUCCAUACAACAUAUACUUAGUGCUUUCCAAUUGU